UGUGUGGCGUGACGUCACGGAGGCGGUCCUUUACUUAAUAAAAACUUCGGCGGGUGGGGCAAGCAGAAGGUUCUGGUAGUUGGAGCGGUUGGUGGGGAGUUGGACCUUGCGAGCGUAACGGUUGUUAUCGCUGGGGUUAUUGUUUUGCCAUGGCCCGUGGGAACCAGCGUGAACUUUCCCGCCAGAAGAAUAUGAAGAAAGCCCAAGAACAGAGCAAGGGGAAAAGAAAAGAGGACGCUUUGUCAGCUUCUCAGAGGAAACAGAGAGAUUCUGAAAUUAUGCAGCAGAAGCAAAAAGCAGCUAAUGAGAAGAAGACUCAUCAGGCAGGAGCAAAAUAAUAUGUGGCUACAGAGAGGACCUAAUAAUGCUGCAGCAUCUCAAAAUAUAAGGCCUAAAAAGACAUAUUUGUAAAAGUAGCCAGCCAUUAAAUGGUUAAUGUUUAUCUUCUACUUGCUUGCUUGUCCAGUAUGCAUUUAUUUUAGAAUGUAUAGUGUAUUUGCAGCUGACUUGGCUUUGACUGAAUUACUAGAUUGGAUUGCAUUUUAAAGUUGUAUUUCCCUUUGCAUGUCUGUUAGGAACAGUAGCAAUAGCCAAAAUGUAUGUUAUUGUUAAAAUGUUUGCUCAAUAAAUUGCUUGUGUGAUUAUACCAAUUAUUAUAUAUGCAAGGAGGCUGGGAAAUGUAUUUGGUAACACUCUUACAUUCAGAAGUGAUAUUUUAAAAGGACAGGUAUGUGUACUUGCUUUCCACUUUGUAAAGGUCAGCUGUAAACUUAAUCAUAAAUUAUUUUUAUAAUAAAAAUAUUGCAUGACAUUGUCAGAAUUGGGUACUGAAGAAGCUCCAAUAGAUUUCAGUUAUUGCUAAAAAUAUGACAUAAUUUAGGGAAUCCUUUGUCACAUUUAGCACAAAUAACUUGUCUUUUAUCAUGUGUUCUAAUUGCAAUUUUGAGUAUUUAAUACCAUUCUUCAGUAAUUGCAAACCAAGAUUCUCUAUAUGUAAAAUUGCAAUUAAAAUCUAAUUUGAAUUAAAAUAUAAACUAUAUUUUGAGUAAAAAUUGGUUCAGGAUAAGUGCAGCAGUGAAGGAAUGGGUUGCUUAAUUUUUUUGAUAUGCAAGAUUAUUUCAAAGACAGUUGGUAAGGAUCUUAUUUGAACAAUUAGUUUUACAUGCAUAAUUGUGUUUCAGUUUAUGACAGAACCAGACUGACCUAGAAUUAGAUCUAGAGAAUCUUAUGACAACAGCAACUUCUUCUGAACAAUGAAAUUUUAUUAGCAUACAUGUCAGUUGGAAGAGGAUAAAUCAGGGUGACCUUAACUUAAUUCUGAACACUUCAAAGACUGUGUGCUAGAGCAUACAAAGAACUAAUUGCAUUGUUUGAAAGGUACAGAUAAUUCAGAGUCUUUUAGGUCAGAGAAAGCAAUUUUUAUUGCAACAAAGUAGAUAUUUUGAAAAUGGCUACUAGCUGUGAUUUAAUUUUUAAACAAGUAUUGUGAUUUAAAUGUGAUACAUUGGUAUAAAACUUAAAGUAGAGAUAACCUUGCGUCUUUCCUAUGAUGUUACUAAAUUUUAAUUACACGUGAGAAUAAAAAAUAGGUGGAUUUUAGUUAAGACCAACUUGGAGUUUAGGUAAAAAAAAAAAUGGUCUUCUGGAUUAAGAAUAAUUUGUAGAUAUUACAGAUUCAGUUCCAGAAAGGUGCUUUAGAACAUAUGGCAACUGUAAAAUGAUUGAGAAUUAAGAAAUAUUCCUAACAUCUUACCCUACAGCCAGUUUCUAUGAUACAGUAUGUGUUUUGUCUUCAUUAAUUGGACAACGACUAGCUGACAACAAAAAGUUAAAGAGAUGGGAUAUCUUUACUGCCAUCUAGAAAUCGUUUGGAUUUUUGCAGCUUUGCUGUAAUAAAACCCCAUUUCACAUA